AUGAGCUCUCUAGUUGUAUUAUGCUCAAUUACAAAUAAUAUAAAACAUCGAAUAGAUCUGGAAAUUCAGAUUUUCUUCUCGUUUCUGGGAAGCCAAACGGAUUGGGGAAGUAAUUCAAGGAACAAAAUUGCAAGCCCAGCCCAACCCAAAGUGAACAAAAGAAUUGUAGCCCCCGUCCCUCACAAACGUCUGAACUCUGAAGUGGAUGAGGUACCAGAGAAAGCAGAGUCCAUGACAAUGGUUCUUCUCUCUCCCUCUCUUUCUUUCUCCAAACUCCAUAUUCCUCUCCUGCCAAAACCCGUCUUCUUGAGGAAAAGACAGAUUCAGUGCGAAUUGGGUGAGAGGAGAGCAGUGUGUUCAUGUGCUGCUUCUCCUGAACUCACCUCAAAACAAAAUGGGAUAUCUAAAAGGGGUUUGGUGUUCUUUGGCAUCUCUUCUUCACUGUCUCUGGUCUUCCCAUCUCCAAGAUCCAUUUGUGAGGAAGAUUUGAAAAUGGUUCCUUUGGUUGAUGAAAUAAACGCCUAUGCUUAUUCAUACCCAGUCGAGAUGCCCUCCAACAAGUUCCUCUUCAAGUGGGUGGAAUCCAGAAAACCAGAGCGAUAUUCAUCAGCUGCACCACUUUCUCCCGAUGCACGGCUGCGCAUUGUGUCCGAGCGUGUUGACAUUGUUGACAAUCUCAUUAUCUCUGUUUCGAUAGGUCCCCCUAAUUCUCAGUUCAUAAGAUCUAAGGAUAAGAGUACAUGGACUGCAAAGGAUGUUGCUGAUUCUGUUUUGUCAGAUAAGUCUGCUCUGCGAGUCACAUCGAGUCAGCGGUUGGCCGAGAGUUCCGUUCUUGAUACGCAUACUGGUGAAAUUGAUGGUGAGCCAUACUGGUAUUAUGAAUACCUUGUUCGCAAAUCUCCUACCAAAACUGCUCAGGAGACGAACCUUUAUCGACACUACAUUGCCUCAACAGCCGAGCGGGAUGGUUAUUUAUACUCGCUAACUGCUUCAACACUUGGCAAGCAGUGGGAUAAGAUGGGACCUGCCUUGAAUCAAGUUGUGUCCUCUUUCCGUCUUCUUCCUGCCACCGAUAGUUAUGUACCACCAUAUAAGGAUCCAUGGAGAUUUUGGUGACAUUUUUUUGUCAUUGUUUUAGCCAAAAGCUCUCAAAAAAGAGAUAAUGGGAUUGAUGUUUAGGAUCAUAUUUGUUGAUUUAUUGUUCUUCUUAACUGGUUAACUUAGUUUCAUUUCUCCUUGGGAGGCUCUGAUUUAUCCAUACAGAACAAAGUUCAAAUUGUAAGUUGGACAAAUUUUUACUUUUUUAUCUGCUAAUACUUC